AUGCCUCCGCCGCUGCUGCCGAGCGGGGCGCGGUCGCCGACGGCGGCGCCGAUCGUCCUGCUCAUCUGCUCCCUCCCCGUACUGUUCCUCCUGGCCUACAGCGCCUACCCCGGGGGUCCUCUCCUCCUCCUCGGCGGUGGCGGCGGAGGAUCUGACCCAUCGUCGGAGGGGGGAAAUAAUAAUGGGAAUAGGAAGGAGAAGGUGGCCUUCCUCUUCCUCACCAACUCCAACCUCUCCUUCGCGCCGCUGUGGGAGCGCUUCUUCCGGGGCUACGGGGGGCUCUUUACCGUGUACGUCCACGCCGACCCCGCCGCCGGAGUAGCCCACCCCGGAGGCGUCUUCAGCGGCCGCUUCAUCGCGGCAGAGCCCACGCAGAGGGCCUCCCCGUCGCUGAUCUCCGCCGAGCGCCGCCUCCUCGCCGCCGCGCUCGACGACGACCCCGCCAACGCCUUUUUCGCGCUCGUCUCCCAGUACUGCGUCCCCCUCCGCUCCUUCCCCUUCGUCUACCGCUCCCUCCUCCGCUCCGGCGAGCGGCGGCGGAGCUUUAUCGAGAUCCUCGCCGGGGAGCCGGGGCUGUCGGACCGCUACGUGGCCCGGGGGGCGGCGGCAAUGCUGCCGGAGGUGCCCUUCGAGGAGUUCCGCGUGGGCUCGCAGUUCUUCGUCCUCACCCGCCGCCACGCGUCGCUCGCGGCGGCGGAACAGCGGCUCUGGGGAAAGUUUCGGCUGCCGUGCCUGGAAGCGAUGAGGGACAGCUGCUACCCAGAGGAGCACUACUUCCCGACGCUGCUCUCGAUGCGGGACCCGGAGGGCUGCACUGGCUACACCCUCACGCGGGUCAACUGGACGGGAAGCUCCGAUGGGCAUCCUCGCACCUACCUCCUCGGCGAGGUCACGGAGGAGCUCGUCCGCCAGCUGAGGACCGACACCGGUGGCCCCGGCGCCGGCGGCCGCUCCUACCUCUUCGCCCGCAAGUUCUCCCCCGACUGCCUCGCGCCACUUAUGGACCUGGCUGACUCCGUCCUCUUCCGCGAUCCCAGACCCGGACCCAAUUCGACGAAAUGCCGCUUAGACGACGACGAUGACGAGCUCUGCUCUUAA